AUGUCUUCGUCCCGAGUUCUGCAUGACUAUUAUGAAAUCCUUAAGAUCCCACAAGCAGCAAAUAUCGACAGCAUCAAGACAAGCUAUAAGCGCCUAGCAAGAAUUAGACAUCCUGACAAAAACUCUAGCUCCACCGCGACUUCUGAAUUCCAGUUGCUCCAGGAAGCAUAUUCAACUCUCGUGGACCCUGAAACCCGUAGAAUUUACGACGCUCAGUAUACAUUCACCAAAUUUAGCCACACAGCACCUCAAGCAAAUCAGUCCACAAAUUCAACCAACGCUGCCACUCACAAGGAGACAGAUAGAGUCUCAACAUUAACGUUACGAAUCAGAGACCUUGAGAGUCGGUUGCUCAGGCAAGAAGCCGACUUGCAUCUGGCGCGGUUACAUUUGGCAAAGCUACAUGGCGAGAUAGCUGGCCUAGACCAGGAUAUCAAAAAUAUCGAAAGAGAGCAAUCUAGCAAGGCGACAUGGUGGGGAUAUUUUACUUCGAUACUUCAGGGUCACCAGGAAACAGAGGAGCAAAGAAUGAAAAGAGACGGUGAUCGGCUUCAGAAAAUCGCAGCGAGGAGUAUAAAAGAUAGCAAGGCCCAGCAACAAAUAGCAGCCAUCCGAAGCCUCGAAAACGCAAUUGGCGCUAUUCACAGAAGUAUCACAUCAGCAGAGUUCGAGGUUCUAACGGAGAAGUCCAGAGAAGCACGAGAAAAGAGAAGAAUGGAAGAAGAGUGUCUUCGCCAAGAGACGAGGAGAAUGGCGGAGGAACUUCGAAAACAACAAGAAAGACAGGCCCAGCAAGCAAACAGGCGACAUAAGUAUCCAAACAGAGAUCAGGGAGCCAGUGGAUCGCGAAACUCCGGUCAGAGUGAAGAAAAGCAGAAUUUCCACGAUAAAAACACAUGCCAUCACCAAGGCUGGUGGAGCCGAAUUGAUGUUCGCACCUCCUGCAGCCGUUGCUCAUCCAUUACUCGAAGGUUCAUAUUCCAGUGUCCUGGCUGUGGUAAGCUGGCCUGUGCCUCGUGCAGGGAUACCAUCAAGGGCGGAAGAUUUAGAUCAAAUCGGUUCGGCAAAGGUACCUACCACGACAGCUCACAGUUCACGGAUUCUACUAGUUACUUUGGCAGUGAUUAUUAUUAG